CUCCUUUAUUUGUUUUUACUUUUCUUUUCUAAUUAUAAGGCAAACCCAUCCCCCCCUCUCUUAUUUAUUUAAUUCCUCUUCAUCCUCUUUUAUAUUUUACGUAAUCGGUCGAUGUUAAGAACAAUUACAGUAAAGCGUGCUGUAUCUAAGUUAGCUCAUCAGCACAUUAAAGCUAUUCCCAUCACAGCUCGUACUUUUGCUACAGAAGCAGCUCCUAACCCAAAUGCAAAUCCAAUCACUGGUAAAACUACUUUUGGUGGUCUCAGUGAUGAAGAUCGUAUUUUCACUAAUGUUUAUUCAAAGCACGACUUUCGCUUAAAAGGAGCUUUAAAACGUGGCGAUUGGUAUAAAACUAAAGAAAUUAUACUUAAAGGUCAUGAAUGGAUUCUUAAGGAAAUGAAAGAAUCUGGCCUUCGUGGUCGAGGCGGUGCUGGUUUUCCUACAGGCCUUAAAUGGAGCUUUAUGAAUAAGCCUUCAGAUGGGCGUCCUCGCUAUCUUGUUAUUAAUGCUGAUGAAGGUGAACCUGGUACUUGUAAAGAUCGUGAAAUUCUUCGUGGUGAUCCACAUAAAUUAGUUGAGGGCUGUCUUUUAGCUGGCUCUGCAAUGAAAGCCAAUGCUGCUUAUAUUUAUAUUCGUGGAGAAUUUUAUCAGGAAGCUAAUCAUCUUCAAAUUGCUAUUGAUGAAGCAUAUAAAGCAGGAUUGAUUGGUAAAAAUGCAUGUGGAUCAGGUUACGACUUUGAUGUUUAUAUUCAUCGUGGUGCUGGUGCUUAUAUUUGUGGUGAAGAAACAAGUUUAAUCGAAUCCAUUGAAGGCAAACAAGGAAAGCCUAGAUUGAAGCCACCAUUCCCUGCAGAUGUUGGUCUUUUCGGUUGCCCUACAACUGUCACUAAUGUUGAAACUGUUGCCGUCGCCCCUACUAUCUUAAGACGUGGUGGUUCUUGGUUUGCCAGCUUUGGACGUCCUCGUAAUUCUGGUACAAAGCUUUUCUGUAUAUCUGGUCAUGUCGAACAUCCUGCAACUGUAGAAGAAGAAAUGAGUAUCCCAUUGAAAGAAUUAAUCGAAAAACAUUGUGGUGGUGUUCGUGGUGGUUGGGAUAAUUUAUUAGGUAUUAUUCCUGGUGGUUGUUCCGUUCCUGUACUGCCUAAGGAUAUUUGUGAAGACGUUUUAAUGGAUUUUGAUGCUCUUCGUGAUGUUAACUCUGGCCUUGGUACUGCUGCUGUUAUUGUCAUGGACAAGUCCACAGACAUUGUUCACGCUAUUUCAAGAUUUUCAAAGUUUUAUCGUCAUGAGUCCUGCGGUCAAUGUACACCUUGUAGAGAAGGUACAAAAUGGCUUGAGUCAAUGAUGGAUCGUUUUGAAGUUGGUCGUGCUAAGAAAGAAGAAAUUGAUCAAAUUUGGGAAUUAACAAAGCAAAUUGAAGGCCAUACUAUUUGUGCUUUAGGUGAUGCUGCUGCUUGGCCAGUGCAAGGUCUUAUUCGUCAUUUCCGACCAGAAUUAGAAGCAAGAAUGGAAAAACAUAAUCUUAGUAUGCCAAAUUAAUAAAUUUGGUAUAGAUUUUAUCUUCUAAAAACUGUUAAUAUUUAUAAAUGUAAUAAAAGUAACUUAGAAAAAUCA